CCCCCUUUGGGCACAGCAACAGGAGGGGCAGGCUCGGUGGGGCAGAGUGCUCGCUACCUCUACACUGCUACUGGCCUCCACCAGUACUACUAUCAGACCAGGUUUGUCCAUGACACCAUGGUGGCCAGACUCACACCAGAGGACAUCAAGAAGGCCAGGGAGGCUAAGCAGGCCCUUGCCAAACCUGUCAGACAGAAGUUGAGUGACCGUGCUAGAGAGAGGAAGGUGCCUGUCACAAGAAUCAGCAGGCUGGUUAACUUUGGAGGACUGGCAAUAGGGCUGGGGAUUGGAGCCAUUGCAGAAGUGGCAAAGCAGUCGCUAGGAGGGAAACAAAAAGGAGAUGCGAAUGCCUUGUUAGACUCUCCUCUCCUGUCAGAGGCAAAUGCUGAGAGAAUAGUUGACACACUGUGUAAAGUCCGCGGUGCUGCUCUUAAAAUAGGACAAAUGCUCAGCAUUCAAGACAACUCCUUCAUCAACCCACAGCUGCAGAAGAUCUUUGAGAGGGUCCGACAGAGUGCAGACUUCAUGCCCACACGGCAGAUGACUAAAGUUCUAGAGGAGGAACUGGGACCAGACUGGCGAAAGAAGCUAUUAUCCUUUGAAGACAAACCGUUUGCUGCAGCUUCCAUCGGACAGGUGCAUCAUGGGGUGUUAAAAGAUGGUAGAGAAAUCGCCAUGAAGAUCCAGUACCCUGGAGUGGCAGAGAGUAUCCGCAGUGACAUAAACAACCUGAUGUCUGUGCUGAAAAUGAGCGUAGCUCUGCCAGAAGGUCUGUUUGCAGACAGCAGCUUAGAAGUCCUUCAGAGGGAACUGGCCUGGGAGUGUGACUAUAAGAGGGAAGCAGAGUGUGCCAAGAGGUUCAGGUCCCUUCUGGAGGGAGAUGAGUUUUUCCAAGUGCCUCAGGUGAUUGAUGAGUUGUCAGGACAGAGGGUGCUGGCCAUGGAGCUGGUACAGGGAGUCCCCCUAGACCGCUGCGUAGACCUGCCCCAGGAGAUCAGGAACCAGAUUUGUUUCAGUAUCCUUCAGUUGUGUCUCAGGGAGCUGUUUGAGUUCAGGUUCAUGCAAACAGAUCCAAACUGGGCCAACUUCUUCUACAACGCAGACACAAACAAGGUUGUUUUGUUGGAUUUUGGAGCAUGCAGAAGCUACCCACAGUCAUUCACAGAUGACUACAUACAGGUGGUACACGCAGCAUCCAUGGGUGAUCAAGCCACGGUUCUUUCCAAAUCGAAGGACUUGAAGUUCCUGACAGGCUUCGAGGCCAAGGCCUUCCAGGAUGCCCAUGUGGAGGCGGUGAUGAUCCUCGGUGAAGCCUUUGCAUCCACAGAACCCUUUGAUUUCGGCACCCAGAGCACCACCCAACGCAUCCAGAGCCUCGUUCCCGUCAUGCUGCGCUACCGUCUGACCCCUCCACCUGAGGAGACAUACUCCCUCCACCGCAAGAUGGCUGGCUCCUUCCUUAUCUGCUCCAAACUGAAGGCACGCAUACCUUGCAAGGAGAUGUUCCUGGAUGUGUACAAUGCCUACAACCAGAGGAGGCAGGCGGAGCAGGCAGCACAAGCCAGUGUUUAAAUGCUCAGGGGCAAGGUUACUCCCUACACAUGCCUUGGACAUUAUCAGAGUGGGGACCUAAGUAAAGGAACAGGAAAGAUGGAGUCUGAAUCUCCAGGUGAAGAGAAUGAAUCAGACUCAUCUAUCACUACACCUUGUCAGUAUGCAAUUGACUGAGGGCCAUGGGUGUGCUUGACUUUCCAUGGCUCAGCUGAACUCGAAUGUGUCUGUACACAUUAGACAAAUAUUUUUAAUGACAUGGAAUUUAAUUACUCUAAUAAUACUAAUAAUUACUUUAAUAAUCAUGAUUAUAAUUCUGUCAGAACAAAUUGUAUGAUAAAGCCCAAAUUGCUCUGUUGAUGAUUAAACCUGUGUGUUAAUUGAAGAGACGUAAAUGCAAUUAAUUUUGUGUUUGUGUGUUUGAUCACAUUGGCCCUAUAGUUGUAUCUCUGUCACAGCAAACACACAGUAGAAGGCUGCAGCCCCUCACUUGGCAAGGUGUAUUUCCAUUGCUCAUUCUGACUCCUGCUCACUUUGACAUCAAGGUCCACCGUAUUUCUAGCAGAACGAGUUAUGUUCUGUCUUAAGGACAGAUAAUAAGUCGUACACUGCCAGGCUGAUGCUGCCAAGUGCUCUUUUUUGUUGGAAGGUCUUUGUGUGCUGCCUGAUGAUGAGUUGGCAAAUAAAGCCUUCUCCUAAAUGUAAUUACUGGCAGACUAGAUGAGCAGAUUAUCAAAAGAAUUAGAGAAGAUGGUCUAAUGGAGCCCUGCUGAGCAAUGGCCCUUCCAUUAUACAGAACAUUUAAUGUCAAACCUCAUGAAGUGAAGUACUGUCAGUCCUUUUCAUGCUUUAACCCUUCUUUCUGACAGAUGUGUACUCUAACAUACAAGGCAGUGUGCUGUGCCGUUGUUGUUGUUUUUUUGUUUUUUUUUAUGGAAUAAAGUGUGAGCAAGAUAUAAAUGCUUCUC